AUGGAUAACAACCCUUUCAACAAGCAUGAAGACAUGACUAUGCAACUUGCAGGUAUGCAUCCCAUCGCCAUUGUUCGGGGGACGCUUAAAGAAGUAUCUAUACAAGAAAACGAUGUGCUGGAGGGAACUUUGGUUCUCGUGAAUGAACUACUGGAGUCUGUUACGACGGGUAUGCGGCAAGAUAUCCUCGAAACCGCGAUUACCGUUCUACGAGAGGCCAUCCGCGAAGCUGACGGCGAUAACGACAGAAAGCCUAAGGCUGAGCUUGCCCUGAUCAAAGCGCUAUUAACCCGCUUUGCUUGUCGUGGAUGGGUGGACGAUCUGGACGAAGGAGUGAGAUUGUUGGAAGAUAACACGCGCAUCAAGUGCACUCUCAUCAUGUCGAUGAUGGGUCCCGCGCCCGAGGGAGAUCACUGCUCUGAGUUUGUCACCUUGUCCCUCAACCUUCUUCAUGAAUAUCGACAAUCCAUCGACAAGUCCAGCCUGGAAACUGCCAUCUUUGUUGCUAAUGAAGCCAUUGCGUCGCAUGAUGGCAACGACAAACAACGAGCACAGUUAUCGCUCCGUGCUGGAAAUGCACUGGUGCUGAAGUACCUGUCCUGUGGCGACGAGGACGAUUUGUCUUCGGCCAGGGCAUUGUUUCAUGACGCCAAGGAAGCGUUCGCAACAGGUGAUCCCAUGCUCCACAUUGCCUUUGGCCACCUACAACACGUCGGGUUUGUCAACUUCCUGGAAUGCGGACCUGAGCAACGGGUAAUUGGGCUGCAUGAAAUGGCACAGUAUCAUCAAGCCGCUCAGGCCGAAGAUCAAGAAGGACAGGACGCGUACGUGCUGGGUUCGCGGCUGAUGCAACUUGAAGGAGACAUACUCGGAAUCGAUGAAUCCAUCUUGCAGUUUCGUCGCUCACUUUCCCUCCGGCCUCCACAGCAUCCAAGGCGACACGACACGCUUGCGCAUUAUGCUUUUGCGUUGGGCAAGCGGUUCGCCUGCGCUGGUCGGAUCAAGGAUCUGGAGCAGAGUGUCACUCUUCAUAGAGAAGCGCUUGCUCUCCGUCCUCAAGGCCAUCCCAACCGCGCCAGCUCGCUCAACAACCUUGCGAACGCUCUCUCCACUCGCUUCCAGCACGAAGGUGAUUUCCAGGACCUCGACCAAUGCAUUGCAUUCCACAAGGAAGCGCUUGCUCUCCGUCCUCAAGGGCAUCCAGACCAUGCCGGCUUUCUCAACGACUUCGCCAGCGACCUCUCCACUCGCUUUGGCAUCAAAGGCGACUUCCAGGACCUGGAACAGUGCAUUGUCUUCCACAAGGAAGCGCUGUCUCUCUUUUCUCAAGGGCAUCCAGACCGUGCCAGCUCGCUCAACAACUUGGCCAGCGUCCUCUCCAUUCGUUUCAAAAACAAAGGCGACUUCCAGGACCUUGACCAGUGCAUUGCCUUCCACAAGGAAGCGCUUGCUCUCCGUCCUCAAGGGCAUCCGCACCGUUCCGAGUCGCUCAACAACCUCGCCAACGACCUCUCCACUCGCUUUGACAUCAAAGGCGACUUCCAGGACCUGGAACAGUGCAUUGUCUUCCAUAAGGAAGCGCUCGCUCUCCGUCCUCAAGGGCAUCCAGACCGUGCCAGCUCGCUCAACAACUUGGCCAGCGCCCUCUCCACUCGCUUCGACAACAAAGGCGACUUCAAGGACCUCGACCAGUGCAUUGCGUUCCACAAGGAAGCGCUGUCUCUCAUUUCUCAAGGGCAUCCCGGCCGUUCCGGGUCGCUCAGCAACCUCGCAGGAGCCCUCGCCGCUCGCUUCGACAACAAAGGCGACUUCCAGGACCUGGAACAGUGCAUUGCGUUCCAGAAGGAAGCGCUCGCUCUCCGUCCUCAAGGGCAUCCCGAUCGUGCAAGCUCGCUCAACAAUGUGGCGGCAGCCCUUUUUAAACGUUUCCUGAGCGACAGUAACGUUGAAGCCCUCAAGGCAUGUAUAGUGCAUGGGCGAGAGUAUCUGGCGAUCCUUUCCCACCCUCAUACCUCUCCCGAAGACCAACAUGAUUCCACCCGCACCAUGUGGAAUCACCCAGAUGGACUGCAGGCUGUCAUUCACCUCGUACAGUUUCUCAAAGAGGAGUACAAGAUUUUCAGGGACGACAACACUCUGAACGAGAUUUUCGACCUCCUCAAGUGUGGCGUUCAGUGGUAUGGCGCAUCGCCCGUGGCCAGGUUAUCCCAUGCCCGGCUUUGGGCAUCCUACUGCCGUGAAUUCCAUCGUGCCCACACCGCACUGGAGGCCUAUGGUAAUGGCAUAUCAUCGCUUCCCGUCCUAGCCUCCCUCGACCUCACGCUCGAACAACGUCAGAACGUCCUCGUCCACGCGAAGGAUUUGUCAAAGGAUGCAGUCCAGUGUGCGCUCGAGCAAAAUGAACUCGAAACAGCGCUUGGAUUUCUCUCCACCGCACGGUCUGUCUUUUGGUCUCAAGCUCUUCAAUUACGUGGGUCGUUCGACCGCCUCGACGCUCUCCAUCCGGACCUUGCAUCGGAACUCCGAUCAGCUACUCGCCGGCUGCAGAUGGCGACCGAACAGAAUCCCCAAACUGGCCCAAUACUGUCCGCAAGUACUCCGUACCUUCUUUCUCAAAAGAGGGAAGAAAUCAUCGCAAAGAUCCGAGCCAUCGAAGGCUUUCACGAUUUCAUGCUCCCCCCUUCCCCUGAUGUCCUCAAGACCGCAGCAAGCAAAGGACCGAUUGUCUUUCUGAAUGCGAGUCACUUCGGUUGUGAUGCUCUCAUUCUCAAGGAGGAUGGCCGGCUUCACCGCCUUGACUCACUGCCCACAAACUUGAAGGAGUUGGAGCGUUUGGUAGCGACGGUUCGGAAACUGGCAAUAAGCGUUGGGCGAACCGAUACUGAAGACUACUGUGGACUCGCAGACCGUGCUUGCAGGCCGGCCUACGCCAGAAAGGGUCGAACGAUCGAUAACAAAUUUCGGGAUGUACUGGCAAAACUUUGGAAGAAAGUGGGCAAGCCGGUAAUUUCCGCACUCGGGUUCGAGAAGACCAGCGAACCGCGUCGAAUGUGGUGGUGUCCAACCGGUCUUUUCACCUUCCUUCCCAUCCAUGCUGCGGGCAUUUAUCCAUCCUCACCCUCUUCGGAAUCCAACCGUGACUGCUUAUCCGACUACGUCGUCUCGUCUUAUUGCUCUACUCCCCAGGACCUCAUCGCACCCCCGCCCGAACCCAACCCUGAUUUCAAGAUGCUUGUUGUGAUCGAACCAGAGGGACGUGCAUCGGGGGAAUCCAGCCUUCCAGCGACCAGGAAGGAGCUCGAGAAGAUCGAGUCGCGCAUCCCCAACAGGGGUCGCCUAAUUACCCGCAUUGGUUCAAAGACAACCUCUGCAAAACCCAUUGUGGAAGACAUCAACGCUGCAUCCAUUGUCCACUUUGGCUGCCACGGCAAGCAGAAUUUAUCAAAUCCACUCGACAGCUGCCUGCUACUCAGUGAAAGGCGCUUAACGAUGGCAUCACUCAUUCAGGAAUGUCAGGCCUCGACAGCUGCCCUUGCCUACUUGAGCGCCUGCGAGACUGCCAUGGGCGAUGUAGAACGUCCAGACGAGUCCCUCACUCUGGCUGCCACAAUGCAGUUUGCGGGUUUCCGUAGUGUGGUUGCGACCAUGUGGGUAAUCCACGACACGGACGGCCCCAUCGUAGCCGACGCAUUCUAUCGCCAUCUUUUCCGCCACGGUACUUCGGCCCCGCCAGACAUCACUGACGCAGCAUAUGGACUGCAUCUUGCUGUGAAGGAGUUGCGGGACAAGGGAACGUCUUUCCAUCGCUGGGUUCCUUUUGUUCACCAUGGCAUUUGACUGUGUUUUCUCUUUUUUCGUAAAGUUUGAGCUUUUCUGCUUCGUGUACAGGUAUGGCCGCUACCACAAACUCCUAGCCUAUAGCAUGUCCUAUGAACUUUCCAGCGUCCUACGCAUGUAAACCUAACUACGCGUAUAACAAUAUUAUGAUUUUCGUCCUUC